AACUUCGCCCCCUUAAGGUUCAAAACGCCCUCCGCCGACUGGCCAAGUCUCACCCCCGUAAGGGGCCGCAAACAGUGGCAAAAAUUCGAAAAAAGGGACACUCGGCGUAGCCCGCCGGAAUGUCUUAAGUCACAAUAGUGGGGGUAAGUCAAGCAGAUUCAGAUGGUACAGAACAUGGAGCAGUAGGCUAUGACGCUGCGGCCGGGCUGUUGCCGGGCCUUAGCCCUCGGCUUUUUCAUCGUCUGGGUCGUAGUGCACUGCGCCGAAGCUUCGUCAUGCAAAGGCUGUCUAAACGCCUAUCAGUGCGACUGCAAGGGCAUUAAGGGCCGGCCCGGGAGCACCGGACCUCCAGGGCUGCCUGCACCGCCUGGAGACUACGGCGAUAUCGGUCCUCCGGGUCCGUCAGGACCUAAAGGAGAGAAGGGACAAGGCGGGGAGUAUGGUAGUCCCGGCGAAAGAGGCUCCAGAGGAGAUGAUGGUGAACGAGGGCUUCCUGGAGUGGAAGGACGUCCUGGUUACCAAGGCGAGGCCGGCCCCAUGGGCCCCCCAGGCCUUGACGGUUGUAAUGGUACCGAUGGUGCGCAAGGGGCUCAAGGUGCUCGCGGACUUCAAGGGAUCAGGGGGUUACCUGGCCCUCAAGGGCUUCAAGGAUUUAGAGGAGAGCCCGGUGAAGGUGGAGGGAAUUCAAUUGGGACUAAAGGAGAUCGCGGCGAUGGUGCCUACGAUGGUCCUCCUGGAUUAGACGGAUUUCGAGGUCCCACAGGACCUCCAGGUCGUAUAGGUGAACCUGGAUAUGAGGGAAUAGUGGGAGAGCAAGGCUUUUGGGGGCCUCCUGGCGACAUUGGUGAUUCAAUUAAAGGCCUAAAAGGUCAACCAGGAGACUUGGGUGAUUACGGAGAUGUGGGAGAACCAGGGGAUGACGAGCCCGCACCACAUUACCCCCAACCAUCGAUGUAUGAAUGGAAAGGCAUAAAGGGUGAAAAAGGAAAGGGAGGAUAUGGAGGAAUAACAGGACGAAGAGGAUACCAGGGAGAUAAAGGAUUUCCGGGAUUUCCGGGUCCUAAAGGGCGAGCAGGUGAUAAAGGCGAGCAAGGUGAUGAUGGUCCUCCUGGAAAACAAGGUCGUCCAGGACCUUUCGGACCCUCGGGUGAAAAAGGAGACAAGGGCGCGCCGGGGUAUGAAGGAACUCCGGGAUUUGACGGUGAAACAGGUCCUAGAGGAGAAGACGGGAAUCGAGGAACGCCUGGAGUCCAAGGUCGAAGUGGACCUCCUGGAAAAUACGACCCAUUUUUGGAUGAAAUUUUCGAAGGUUCUCCUGGAAUACAAGGUCCCGAAGGUCCAGUUGGUGAAAGGGGCAUGAGUGGUAUUCCGGGACGGCCUGGAUUAUCCGGACCUAUUGGACCUCCCGGCCCUCCCGGCCCCCCUGGUAUUCCUGGUUUAGCCGGACCAAAAGGACUGACAAUUAAGGGAGAACGCGGCACUGACGGAUUACCCGGAAGGCCCGGGAACACCGGUCCUCCUGGGCUCCCCGGAGCUAUGGGUAUCUUGGGAGAGAAAGGUUUUACGGGACAAACCGUCAUCGGGCCUCCGGGUGAACCAGGAUAUCCCGGGAUCCCCGGAUUUAAGGGAUCGAGAGGAGAAAGAGGCGGUGCUGGUGACGUGGGUCCUAAAGGUUACCCAGGGGUUGGUGUCCCCAUUAGAGGGCCACCGGGAGAGUUUGGCCCGAGGGGAUUUCCAGGAUCGCCGGGAGACGUCGGUUUACAUGGAUUCGACGGAUUUCCGGGUUUAAAAGGCAGAAAAGGGGAUGAUUGUGGGGUGUGCCUCCCAGGACUACCGGGACAAAAAGGUGAAGCAGGGGAGUACGGGAGAAAUGGACGUCCUGGAACGAUUGGGUAUCAAGGUUUACCUGGACCGCGAGGACCUAGAGGUCCUCAGGGGAAAGAAGGAAAGGAAGGUGAACGAGGCUUGGAAGGUACUCCCGGCACUCCAGGUCUACAGGGAGCUCCAGGAACGAAAGGUGCAAGAGGAUUACUGAUUUUCCCCGAUCCGUCAACUAAGGAAGCUGAAGCUGAAAAGGGUGAAAUGGGAGAAAGGGGUUUUCCGGGAUUGAUGGGAGGGGAUGGGGAGUUUGGACCGCGAGGUUUACCAGGAGAUGCGGGGGUUCCUGGGUUUAAAGGCGAAAGUGGUGAAAUUGGGACUCCUGGACUGCCUGGACUUGAUGGGGUGCCUGGAAUAAAUGGGAUUCCGGGACAAAAAGGAGAACCUCACGACAUACCGAAAGAAUAUUUAAGAGGGGAUUAUGGAUUAACGGGAGUACCGGGUAUUAAGGGUGUAAAAGGAGAUAAAGGGAUGAUGGGACUUCCUGGCGAUUCUGUAUCAAAUAUUGCAAAUGUAACAGGCGACAUUGGUUAUCCCGGAAUACAAGGAGAACGAGGUCCUCCAGGCCGGACUGGUAGAAAUGGCGCGCCAGGCCCAAUGGGUAAAGAAGGCUUGCCAGGAGUUCCCGGGAGCAGUCCGACAGGUCCCCCAGGUGAACCAGGUGUAAGAGGUUAUCCUGGCAUUCCUGGCGACGCCGGACCACGUGGUCUCCCCGGGAUGCCCGGUAUGCCCGGACUUGAUGGUUAUCCUGGAACACCAGGAAACAAAGGCGAACGAGGAGAUCCAGGUUUGCGAAUCCUGAAUGGUGAAAUGGGACCUCAAGGACCACCCGGAAUCAAGGGAGAACCCGGCGAUUUCGGACCUGAUGGAUAUCCAGGAAUUCCAGGAAUUCCAGGUGUUAAAGGAGUCAGAGGACCUAAAGGGGCGCCAGGUUUUGCGGGUCUUCCUGGCGCACCCGGUGCUAAAGGAAUGCAAGGAAUAAUGCGACCAGGAUUUCCUGGUCAGCCGGGAAGUCUCGGACUUCCAGGAACACCCGGAAGAUAUGGAGAUACUGGGCAAAAGGGAGAACCGGGAUUCCCUGGUGGUCCAGGAUAUGAUGGCAUGAAGGGAGAACCGGGAUUAUGGGGAUUAAGGGGACAACCAGGAGAUGAAGGAAUUGAAGGUUUGCCGGGACAUCAUGGAAGGGCUGGUUUGUCCGGAGUUCAAGGUUUACCUGGAGAAAGGGGCGACAUUGGUCUUCCUGGAUUACGUGGCCCCCCAGGCCCGCAGGGACUUUUAGGGCCAAGAGGACCAAAAGGGUUGGAAGGUGAUAGGGGCCCUCAAGGAUUUCCUGGAGAAAUGGGAAUUCCGGGAGAAUCGGGACCUAGAGGUGAUAGUGGUUAUCCGGGAAUAAAAGGCCCAAAAGGUGAAUCUGCGAUUAGUGGACCUAAAGGAGAAUACGGAGAACCAGGAUUGAUUGGAGAACCAGGAUUUGAUGGAGAGCCUGGAUUACCUGGACCUCCAGGUUUACCAGGAGAUCGAGGUUUAGAUAUUUAUGGUCCUCCUGGACCUAAAGGAAAUCUUGGAAUACCCGGAUUCCCGGGAAGAGACGGAGAAGUAGGAUUGAAGGGAGAACGUGGAGAGGGCGGAAUUGAUGGCUUACGAGGCGCUCCAGGUGAAUCGGGAAUUCGUGGAGCCCCCGGAACACCCGGCUGGAAUGGUUUGAAUGGCACAAAAGGAGAAAGAGGAGAUUAUGGCAGUCCCGGCUUUCCCGGAAACGUAGGGGAGCCGGGAAUGGAAGGAGAGCCGGGACGAAUGGGUCGUCCUGGAAUGCCGGGCGAUAUAGGAUUUCCGGGAAUAUCUGGACCACAAGGAUCGGUCGGGCCUAAGGGAAAUCAAGGUCUUCCCGGGUUAGCACCAUUCGGAUUCGGUGAAAAGGGCGAUUUGGGUGAAACAGGUUUCCAUGGCUUACCUGGUAACAAGGGAAUACGCGGAGAUGACGGUUUUUAUGGCCCCCCAGGUCUAAAAGGGCCUACGGGUGAUUCUGGACAACCAGGAUUACAAGGCGAACCGGGAUAUCCAGGAAUAAAAGGAACAUUCGGCGAUUCCGGCGAGCCCGGACCUCCAGGAUUACCCGGAAGAAACCCGCAACCUGGCGAACCGGGUCGGCCCGGAUUUGACGGUUUACCUGGCCGAGCAGGACGACCCGGACAAAAAGGUGCUCCAGGAGAAUACGGACCUGACGGUCCUCCUGGCAUCUCAGGCACACCCGGGUUCAGCAUGGACGGCGAAAAGGGCGAUAUCGGAGAUUCAGGAUACCCAGGCCUGCCCGGUUCACCCGGACUUGAAGGUCGCCCCGGCAUACCCGGAAUUCCUGGAGUGACUGGUCUUAAAGGUCCUCCGGGUGAUUACGGAUUUUCCGCUAUCACCUUCAAAGGUGAGCGUGGCGAGCCUGGUUAUCGGGGCGCUCCUGGAUUGAACGGAACGAAAGGAGAACGUGGUGAUUUUGGCGUAACGGGGCCACCUGGACCGCCAGGUGAAGAAGGUCUUCCAGGAUUUCCCGGAGACGUCGGCCCUCCAGGCUACCCUGGUGCGUCAGGAGUCAAAGGACCGAAAGGAGAUCGGGGAGACUGGUCCAUUAACGCUCUUCCGGGACCUUUAGGAGACGCCGGUUUACCCGGUUUUGACGGACUCCCCGGAUUUCAAGGUUUACCGGGCGAACCCGGAUUCCCUGGUUUGAUCGGGCGGAAAGGGAUGCGUGGUGAUGCCGGGAUUGACGGAUUACCAGGGUUUGAAGGACCUAAGGGCAUGGCGGGAUUACCGGGACUUGCAGGAUUGCCAGGUUUACAAGGAGCCAGAGGGGCACCUGGGGUUAGGGGCGAGCCAGCACCGCCACCACCGGCCCCCAAAAGUCGAGGAUUUUUCUUUACGAGACAUUCGCAGUCAGAAUUAAUUCCAGUGUGUCCUAGAGAUACGGUUAAAUUGUGGGACGGCUAUUCGUUGUUACAUAUUAUGGGGAAUGAUAAGGCCAUGGGGCAAGAUUUGGGGACGCCAGCGAGUUGUUUGAGGAGAUUUAAUACUAUGCCGUUCCUGUUUUGUAAUUUGAACGAUGUUUGCGACUACGCACAGAACAAUGGGUACAGUUACUGGUUGUCUACGACAGAGCCAAUGCCGGCAAUGAUGACACCCAUCCCAGCACCAGAAGUCAGACGCUAUAUUUCAAGAUGCUCCGUUUGCGAAUCUGUCACACGUGUCAUCGCCGUCCACAGUCAAUCGACAACCAUCCCACAGUGUCCCAACGGCUGGGACGAACUCUGGGCCGGAUACAGCUUCCUUAUGCACGUGGACGCCGGUGCCGAAGGCUCAGGCCAAUCCCUCGUCUCCCCCGGCUCAUGCCUCGAAGAGUUCCGCCCCAAACCCUUCAUCGAAUGCCACGGUCACGGCCGCUGCAACUACUACACCACCAUCCUGUCCUACUGGCUGGCCACCAUAGAGGAUUCAGCCAUGUUCCAAAAACCGCGUUCGGAGACUCUCAAAGCCGGCUAUUUGACCUCAAGAGUCAGCAGAUGCGCCGUUUGCAUCCGCAGACGGUACACCAGUCGCACUGCAAUUGUCACCCCUAGUCGAAUCACAAGACCCACAUACGGGACCCCGUAUCGGCCCCCAGGCUAUCCACCAGGAAGUUACAGGAACUUGGAAGAGAAUAGGAGGAGGCGUUUGAGGCAGAGAUUGAGACACAGGAGACCGCAAAAUACGCCGUGAUCGACGUGCCAUAACAGUUAUUAACUUUGUAAUUAUGUGUAAAUUAAUUGUAACAUAGAUUUGAUGUUAACAUUUGUCCUUGAGAAGGAACGUACGCCGUGUUCAAACACAAAUCCUAUUAGAAUAUUUUUUACUUGUAAGGAUUUAGGUUCUUAAUUUUAUUUAAGCGAUUACGACAGUGGCUCUUUGUAUAGAAUUUAUUUUUUUAAUACUUGAAUUCUUGCUUGUUUUUGAUCUUUUUUAUCUCAAAGGUGCUAAUUAGUUUUAAGGCUUACGACAGGAAAAUGUGAUUCAUAUUUUAUGUGCCUUUCUAUUAAACACUGCCAAAUGAUUUUGUAAUGUAACAAAUGAAUAAAUCAUAAAAACGAUGA